AUGCGAGGAACGAGAGUGGCAACUACUCAAACGGUUGAACCAUCUAGAAUAAAUCUCGGAUCACCUGAAGUUCCAGUUCCAGUUGCAGCUCCAGUUGCAGCUCCAGUUGCAGCUCCAGUUGCAGCUCCAGUUCCAGAAGUAGUGGCAACUCCAAUCUAUGAAUCUGUUACUCAGGAAAUACCAGCACAAAAACCUGAAAGAGAGCCUACCGUAAUAAAGGAGCCUGUCGUAAUGAAAGAACCUGAAAACAUCGAAAUUAUUUGUACCGACGUAGCUAUUCAAUCAAUUUUGAAAGACAAAGACAGGAUGAGACGAGAAAUUGAACUCGAAGCUGAGAUAGCAAGGCUUCGCAAAGAAAAUGAGCGUAUAAUAAAAGAACGUGCCGAAUAUGAGAAUGCGAUACAACGAGCAUUGCUACGAGGUGUUUCCUCAUUGAAUGUCGAAGCAUUGAGAGUUAUGCGUUGUCCACCAAUUCCAUGUUGUACUCCUUGUGCACCUUGUCCUGCUUCUACUAUGGAACCGAUUGUGUCUUGUAAGAAGGAAGGCGCGUCGACUGCGAUCGCUAAAGGUUGCGUCACUCAACGUAGUGGCACUUGUGGAAAAACGGCAGUUCGCGAACAAGGUUGUUAUACUGUAAAACGACCUUGUGCCAGUCCUUGUUGUUCUGCUGGAAAAAGUCGAAAGUCUGCAUCGAACAAUAGCAUGGUUUUUCUUCUUCAUCAGGGAGACACAGAGAAUAUUUGUGCCCCAAAUAACACGCCAAUGUCUCGAGUUUGCGGUUCACCGGUCAUGAAAAAGAUUGAAAUACCACCGUGUCCUAGAUUCAUUAUAUAAUAACGUUCACAGAAUAUAAUAG